UCAAAAUGUCAACAUGCAUGCAGUUUGCAGUCCAAGUACAAGCAGUCCCUUUCAUUCAAUUACUGGAAGUAUACAUGGCACUUCUCGACGUUCCAAAUAUGACUUAUUUUGAAUUGUGAGUUCAUUUUAAUAGUUGCUCAGACUUCUUGGAUUUAAAAAGAAUUUGACCGACUCUGAAGACUCAAUAUGAUCUUCACUUCUGCUGAAAAACUACAUUUUGUUCUUUAUUUGUCAAUAGGUCUACUGUGUCUACUGCUGCUUACAGAAUGUAACCAAAUCAGGCUGGUCGGGUCUUCACGUUGCUCUGGUAGAGUGGAGGUCUACCACAGAGACAGCUGGGGAACAGUGUGCGAUGAUCUCUGGAACCUCACCAAUGCUACUGUGGUGUGUCGAGAGUUAAACUGUGGGACAGUUCUUGAGGCCAAAAAGGGUGCCUUCUUCGGACAGGGAAAGGACGAGAUUUGGUUGGAUGAUGUGCAGUGUACUGGUCAUGAGACUUCCAUUCUCAAAUGCCAACACAGACCACUCGGGGAAAAUAACUGUGGCCAUGGUGAAGAUGCUGGGGUUGUCUGUUCUGAGAAUGUUAGGGUGGUCAGCGGAAGCAAUCGGUGUAACGGCAGAGUGGAAGUCUUUCAUGAAGGCCAGUGGAAACGAGCAUGUGCCAGUGACUGGGGCAGGGAUGAAGCUGCAGUGAUCUGCCAAGAGAUUAGGUGUGGUACCCCCAUCAUUCAGACUGACAUGCCAUAUUUUGGAGAGGCACGUCACUUGUUAGGAGUCAAAACCACCUGCUCUGGAGAUGAGACCUCUCUUUCACAGUGCACACUUAAAGACUUCAAGGAAACCUGUGUUGAUGCCACAGUUUUCUGUUCAAACAGUAAAGCCAUUCGUCUGAUUAAUGGAACUCAUCGGUGCGCUGGUCGUGUGGAAGUCUUCCAUGAUGGACAGUGGGGAACAGUUUGCCAUGACAGAUGGGGGAUACAGGAGGCAGCUGUUGUAUGCCGAGAGAUGAACUGUGGGAACCCCCUCUCGGUCAAGUACAAGGCCUUCUAUGGCAGAGGUCAGGGACAGGUUUGGAUGGAUGAUCUUGAGUGCACUGGUCAUGAGAAGUCACUCACUGACUGCCCCCACAGAAGGUUUUGGAGAAGCUUGUCAAUGGCACUGACCGAUGCUCAGGCAGAGUGGAGAUUCUGCAUAACAGCCAGUGGGGAACAGUGUGUGAUGAUGGGUGGGACAUCACAGACGCUCAGGUUGUGUGCAGAGCCAUGGACUGUGGAACAGCUCAGACAUCCAAAUCUGAUGCCUUCUUUGGUCAAGGCCAAGGAGACAUCUGGCUGGAUGAUGUCAGAUGUUUUGGAAAUGAGACGUCUCUUUUGCACUUGUCAACAUCCUUCCCUAGGAGACAAUAACUGUGGCCAUGGUGAAGAUGCUGGUGUGGUGUGUUCAGCUACCAUUAGACUGAUUAAUGGGACUGACCAGUGCUCAGGCAGGGUAGAGGUACAUCAUGGUGACGAGUGGCUGCCAGUAUAUAAUGUUAACUGGGGAAUGCAUGAAGCCACAGUGAUAUGCAGAGAGAUUAAUUGUGGAGACGCUGUCAGAACCACUGGGUCAUUUGGUCAAGGCGGUGAUCUGAGAGGGUACACGAUCAGUUGCAGUGGUACAGAGAGCUCUCUCACACAGUGCGGAGUGAGAGAUUAUACCAGGACCAGCCAUGAUCGUAUUGAAGAGGCAGUUGUUGAAUGUUCAGGCAAUGUCAAAUUGGCUGGUGGCGUCAAUCGUUGUGCUGGAAGAGUGGAGUUUUAUGACAAAGGCCAGUGGGGGACUGUGUGCAGUGAAUCCCUGGAUAUGAAUGAUGCCACAGUGCUGUGCAGGCAGAUGAACUGUGGGAGGGCUCAUAAGAUCACCACCAUGACCGAGUAUGGACAGGGCACAGGACAGACCUGGAUCCAUCAGUUUGAAUGCAAUGGUUUGGAGCCUGCUCUGAAUCAGUGCCCACAAAGACCAUUUAGAGACAAAACCUGCAAUGCCACCUCAGUUACUGGUGUUGUCUGCACAGGAAGUUUGGAGGUCCGGUUGGCUAAUGGUAAAGACGAGUGCACUGGCAGAGUAGAGGUUCGUCAUGGCGAGGUGUGGCAAACAGUGUGUGACGCAGAAUGGACCCUGAGUAAAGCCGAGGUGGUGUGCGAGGCAGUAGAGUGUGGACGUGCUGUGGAUGCUCCCAAUGGUGCCCAUUAUGGCCAAGGCAGUGGGUCAGUAGUGGAGGCCAGUAAUUCAUGUUUUGACAGUGUGACAUCUCUUCAGCAGUGCUCAGUCAGAGGUUUCACAGCAGCAACAUGUGGACAUGACCAUGAUGCUGGUGCUGUCUGUGCAGCACAACUUCGUUUGGUCAACGGCACAGGUGAAUGCUCCGGUAGAGUAGAGAUUCUCUAUAAAGGCCAAUGGGGAACUGUGUGUGAUGAUGAAUGGGAAAUGCCCAAUGCUGAUGUGGUGUGUAGACAGCUUGGCUGCGGCCAUGCAGUUUUUGCUCCCACAAGUGCCCACUUUGGUAGAGGCAGUGGUCCAAUAUGGCUGGAUAAUGUGGAGUGUUCAGGCCGAGAGUCUGCUCUCACGCAUUGUUCUCAUCCUGGGUUUGGAGAGAGUAACUGCGGGCACGGUGAAGAUGCUGGUGUUAUCUGUUCAGGUCUACUGUGUCUACUGCUGCUUACAGAAUGUAACCAAAUCAGGCUGGUCGGGUCUUCACGUUGCUCUGGUAGAGUGGAGGUCUACCACAGAGACAGCUGGGGAACAGUGUGCGAUGAUCUCUGGAGCCUCACCAAUGCUGACGUGGUGUGUCGAGAGUUAAACUGUGGGACAGUUCUUGAGGCCAAAAAGGGUGCCUUCUUCGGACAGGGAAAGGACGAGAUUUGGUUGGAUGAUGUGCAGUGUACUGGUCAUGAGACUUCCAUUCUCAAAUGCCAACACAGACCUCUCGGGGAAAAUAACUGUGGCCAUGGUGAAGAUGCUGGGGUUGUCUGUUCUGAGAAUGUUAGGGUGGUCAAUGGAAGCAAUCGGUGUAACGGCAGAGUGGAAGUCUUUCAUGAAGGCCAGUGGAAACGAGCAUGUGCCAGUGACUGGGGCAGGGAUGAAGCCGCAGUGAUCUGCCAAGAGAUUAGGUGUGGUACCCCCAUCAUUCAGACUGACAUGCCCUAUUUCGGAGAGGCACGUCACUUGUUAGGAGUCAAAACCACCUGUUCUGGAAAUGAGACCUCUCUUUCACAGUGCACACUUAAAGACUUCAAGGAAACCUGUGUUGAUGCCACAGUUUUCUGUUCAAACAGUAAAGCCAUUCGUCUGAUUAAUGGAACUCAUCGGUGCGCUGGUCGUGUGGAAGUCUUCCAUGAUGGACAGUGGGGAACAAUUUGCGAUGACAGAUGGGGGAUACAGGAGGCAGCUGUUGCAUGCCGAGAGAUGAACUGUGGGAACCCCCUCUCGGUCAAGUACAAGGCCUUCUAUGGCAGAGGUCAGGACCAGGUUUGGAUGGAUGAUGUUGAGUGCACUGGUCAUGAGAAGUCACUCACUGACUGCCCCCACAGAGGUUUUGGAGAACAUGACUGCGACCAUGCUGAAGAUGCUGGUGUUGAAUGCUCAGAGACAGUCAGAUUGACCAAUGGGACUAACCAGUGUUCUGGGAGAGUGGAGAUCUUCCACAAUGGCAACUGGGGGAAAAUUUGUAAUAAUAACUGGGGCCUUAAAGAGGCCACAGUGGUGUGUAAAGAACUUGGUUGUGGCACCCCCAAAAAAGCCUCAGAACACACAAAUUUUGGUGAAAGUGGACUGAGAGGGUUUACAGGUAGCUGCUCUGGGAAUGUGAGCUCUAUCAGCCAGUGCACACUUCAAGACUACACAGGGACAUGUGCUGGUGUUUCACUUUCAUGUACAGGUAAUCCACCACUAAGGCUUGUCAAUGGCACUGACCGAUGCUCAGGCAGAGUGGAGAUUCUGCAUAACGGCCAGUGGGGAACAGUGUGUGAUGAUGAGUGGGACAUCAGAGAUGCUCAGGUUGUGUGCAGAGCCAUGGACUGUGGAACAGCUCAGACAUCCAAAUCUAAUGCCUUCUUUGGUCAAGGCCAAGGAGACAUCUGGCUGGAUGAUGUCAGAUGUUUUGGAAAUGAGACGUCUCUUUUGCACUGUCGACAUCCUUCCCUAGGAGACAAUAAUUGUGGCCAUGGUGAAGAUGCUGGUGUGGUGUGUUCAGCUACCAUUAGACUGAUUAAUGGGACUGACCAGUGCUCAGGCAGGGUAGAGGUACAUCAUGGUGACGAGUGGCUGCCAGUAUAUAAUGUUAACUGGGGAAUGCAUGAAGCCACAGUGACGUGCAGAGAGAUGAAUUGUGGAGACGCUGUCAAAACCACUGGGUCAUUUGGUCAAGGCGGUGAUCUGAGAGGAUACAAAAUCAGUUGCAGUGGUACAGAGAGCUCUCUCACACAGUGCGGAGUGAGAGAUUAUACCAGGACCAGCCAUGAUCGUAUUGAAGAGGCAGUUGUUGAAUGUUCAGGCAAUGUCAAAUUGGCUGGUGGCGUCAAUCGUUGUGCUGGAAGAGUGGAGUUUUACGACAAAGGCCAGUGGGGGACUGUGUGCAGUGAAUCCUGGGAUAUGAAUGAUGCCACAGUGGUGUGCAGGCAGAUGAACUGUGGGAGGGCUCAUAAGAUCACCACCAUGACCGAGUAUGGACAGGGCACAGGACAGACCUGGAUCGAUCAGAUUGAAUGCAAUGGAUUGGAGUCUACUCUGAAUCAGUGCCCACAAAGACCAUUUAGAGACAAAACCUGCAAUGCCACCUCAGUUGCUGGUGUUGUCUGCACAGGAAGUUUGGAGGUCCGGUUGGCUAAUGGUAAAGACGAGUGCACUGGCAGAGUAGAGGUUCGUCAUGGCGAGGUGUGGCAAACAGUGUGUGACGCAGAAUGGACCCUGAGUAAAGCCGAGGUGGUGUGCGAGGCACUAGAGUGUGGACGUGCUGUGGAUGCUCCCAAUGGUGCCCAUUAUGGCCAAGGCAGUGGGUCAGUAGUGGAGGCCAGUAAUUCAUGUUUUGACAACGUGACAUCUCUUCAGCAGUGCUCAGUCAGAGGUUUCACAGCAGCAACAUGUGGACAUGACCAUGAUGCUGGUGCUGUCUGUGCAGCACAACUUCGUUUGGUCAGCGGCACAGGUGAAUGCUCCGGUAGAGUAGAGAUUCUCUAUAAAGGCCAAUGGGGAACUGUGUGUGAUGAUGAAUGGGAAAUGCCCAAUGCUGAUGUGGUGUGUAGACAGCUUGGCUGCGGUCAUGCAGUUUCUGCUCCCACAAGUGCCCACUUUGGUAGAGGCAGUGGUCCAAUAUGGCUGGAUAAUGUGGAGUGUUCAGGCCAAGAGUCUGCUCUCACGCAUUGUUCUCAUCCUGGGUUUGGAGAGAAUAACUGCGGGCACGGUGAAGAUGCUGGUGUUAUCUGUUUAGGCUCUCUACAGAAACCCCAAAUUACUUUCAGUCCUGCUGCAGAGGUAAACUGGGGUGACAGAGUUGAAAUCACCUGCACUAUCAUAACAGAGCACUCGGGCGGGACAUUCGUCCUGAAAAAGACCCAGGGAUCAUUUCAAAUGGAAAAGUUCUCUGAACACGAAGCUGCAACCUUUACCUUCCCUACAGCUGACUUCAACCAAAGGGGGACGUACUUCUGUGAAUAUCAUAAGAAAUUGCCCAAUCAAGUCAUUUAUUAUCCUCAAGGAGAAACGGCUGAGCUCACUGUCAGAGUGAAACUGGAGGAGCCCAGCAUCUCGCUGACAUCUCCUCAUUCAAUGGUGAUCUACAGCCCUGACAAAAUAUCGCUCCCUGAAGGCAGCAGCUUCUCCAUCACCUGCUCUAUUCAUUCCAAAUAUUCUGGUGGUUUCUUCUAUCUAAAAAAGGAUAACAUGAACACCUCUGAAAUGCUGCCAUCAUUUGGCCACUCUAUAUUCUACCUGGCAUACUUCAAAUUCCCUGCACUGGAAUCUAAACACCAAGGAGAAUAUACCUGUGUCUACGGUAUUAACAUCUCCUCGAUAUCCUUCAGUUCUGUUCCCUCAAAAUCACUCCAACUCAUUGUAGUCGUGACCUCAUCAUCUUCAGUUGUCACAGGAGUUGUGGUUACUCUAGUGGUGUUGCUACUCGUGCUGGUUAUAGGUUACCUGGUCUGGAGAAGGAGAUGGCGCGGUGCUGGUGCCAUGGUUCAGUUUAUUAACAGGUUUGGUGGAGCAAUAAAACAAGAUGCGGAAGAACGAAGCAAUAAAAUAUUUGAUGGAAGGGACCACAAUGCCAAGGUGAAUGAACACACUGGACACAGUCAUGGCUCAGUGGACAAGAGUGUGGAUGUUGAUUCUGAAAACUGUGUUGAGAAAGUCCCUGAGGACCUGGCUGGGAAAGUGUGCUAUGAGCUUGAGCCACUCGUUCUCUCAUGAUAACAAAACGACUCAAGGAAUUACUUGUGUCUCGUGGUUUCACUAAAUUUAAAGAGUAACUCAACACCAGGCUAAACAGCAGCAUUUGUCUGCUUUCUCUGGUGGAAAGUAUAUUUUCUGUCUCACCUGUAGCCAUACCCAACAGUGAUGUCAGAGUGUACUGAUACACUCUGGGGUACACUUCUACACCUCAGCAGCAAGGUUAGAUGCUAAAAUAUUGGAGGUCAGCAAAAACAAGAUCAGCUGGUGUUAUGUUACUCUUUAAGUUAGACUACAGGAACAUUGUGGACCUGUGUUAAUUGUGUUUUUAAAACUCUUUUUUAGUAAACAAAUAAUUCAGAAAUAUACCAACUUCAAAUUUUCCUCAAAUAGAUGCUGUGGUAUUUCCUUAAAAAAAAUUUAGAGAACUUAUUUUGCAGAAAUUGAAAAUGUAAUUUUAAAUAGCAUAUAUGAUGCAAUGUUUCCUCUUGUUAAAGUUUCCCUGUAACACUUAUUUUCAUAUUGCGGAAGUGAUUUUUAGUUUUUUGAGAGAUUCUGUCGAUCACAAAACUUAGGUUCACGGACCUGUUGGAAUGGACUGAUCAUGGAUAGCUCAUUUGCUUUGCUUUUUACAUUGUCUUUGUACUGCAUGAUAAUUAGCCUUUUUUGGUGUAAGUGCAUGCUGAUCAAAUAAAUGCAUACUUCUUAUAACACAUA